GCCCUGGAAUGCAAGAUCACACAAGAUGGGUCAGAGUACGCGGGGUCAGUCGACGAGGCGGUGGACGGAGAGAAGUGCGAACCCUGGCUGGCCAUGACCCCCGACAGGAAUUCCGCUUUGCAAUACCUGCUGAUGUUUCCCGAUGUCGAAUUGGACAGUCGCCAUAACUACUGUCGGAAUCCAGACAAGAUUAGUGUUGGGCCUUGGUGCAAAACCAAGCAACUCAAGAAGAACCUAAAAAUCGGCGAAGGGAAAUCUGGAAUGCCGACAGACGGAAACGGGACGGAAUACAUGGGGACGAUGAAAAAGACUGCGACCGGAAAGAACUGUCUCCGGUGGGAUUCCCAACCAUAUGGAAAGCUGGAUGACUUCAAACCAGACCUAACUUACGAAGGGCAUUUCCUAAGAAACAAUCCCUCGGCGGAACGGAACUUCUGCAGGAACCCGACAUCCAAAGAACGACCAUGGUGCUUCGUCGACGACGCAGCGACGAAAUGGGAAUUCUGCGACAUCCCCCUCUGCCCCAAUCACCCCUAAUGACCUGAUCGCGACUCAUGCACUCCGUCUCCAUGAGAUCCUGACCAGAUCAAGCAGGACAUUUGGACGUCACCGAAUUCCAGAUGCGAACUUCACUGUUAAUACAAUUCCGUUCUUCACCUGUUCAACUUAGCAAACUUCAACAGCUGAGGAAUACGUUCCCACGGCUUUUGUGUAUCGCUGUGGAUAACCUCACGUAACGUUAUUAACGAUGGUAAUCACGAGCCUUCGACGCACCUGACGAGCUCCGAUUUUGCGAGUGAAAUGCACGAA